GCAUGUGGAGUGACGUGCGAGCUUUGUCCAGAGGACUUUGCAUUUCCACAUCAGAGGCAUAAGGCAGGUAUGGUUUAUUUGGCAAGGACUGGCAGAUUGCUUGUCUUAGGAAGCAGCUCAUUAAACUGUCUCAUUGAGCACACAGCAGAGAAUAGAGGACCAGAGAGCUGGAAACCAAACUGCAGCACUUGGACCACCCAGGCUAUUAUAAAAAAAUGAGCUUACAUCCAGAUUUUGAGCAGAGGACUGGACUAAGUGUAUGCAUUGUACACAGCUCUGGGAGCCUUAUUAUGAGUACAUAGAUAAGCACAGAGCUUGCUAAGAGCCAGGGAUCCUACAGAGCAGAACUGCAGAGCUGCAGCGCUUGUGUCUUAGGAAGGAUGUGCAGAGGACGAGGAGAUGCGAUGCUUCCUAUCUUCUGCUGCGCUUACUGUCCCAGCUAUGCAGCUUCUUCUAGCUGUGGUCUACCAGCUCCACCGUCAGUGGUGAGAACCAGUAAACUCCACCAAGACUCCAGAGAGGACAACGCGGGGGGCUAGAGCAGGACACCUUCUCAUGGGGAGACAGAUGUCCCGCUGGAGUGUCCCAGUGGGCACUGUAGCGUUCCUUCGAGCACCUGGACAGUGCUGAAGAAGAACAAGAAGAACAAGAAGACACCUGGUGUCCAUGAAGAUGCUCAUGAACAGGACUCACUUCCAAGAAGCUCAGCAGAGAAGGGAGCAGAUGACUAGACAGGUGGUCACUGGAAGUCUUCUGUCCCUACUGAUCUGCUGGACCCUUUUUGGUAACAUCUUGGUGUGCACUGCGGUGAUGAGAUUCAGGCACCUGAGGAACAGGGUAACUAACAUUUUUAUUGUAUCUCUGGCAGUCUCAGAUCUACUUGUUGCCCUGUUGGUGAUGCCUUGGAAAGCUGUAGCUGAAGUGGCUGGCCACUGGCCAUUUGGAACCUUUUGUGACAUAUGGGUGGCCUUUGACAUCAUGUGCUCCACAGCAUCUAUCCUAAAUCUGUGUGUGAUCAGUGUGGACAGGUACUGGGCUAUUUCAAGCCCCUUUAGGUACGAGAGGAAGAUGACCCAAAAAGUGGCUUUGUUGAUGAUCAGUGCUGCUUGGACUCUCUCUGUGUUGAUUUCCUUCAUUCCAGUCCAGCUGAACUGGCAUAAAAACAAAAUAGACAGCCACACUCUGGACAACCACACAAAGGUGGUGGACUGUGACUCUAGUUUAAACAGGACGUAUGCCAUCUCAUCUUCUUUGAUCAGCUUUUACAUUCCUGUAGCUAUCAUGAUUGUGACCUAUACACGGAUUUAUAGGAUUGCACAGAUCCAAAUUAGGAGGAUCUCCACUUUGGAAAGAGCUGCAGAACAUGCUCAAAGUUGUAGGAGCAACAGAGUGGACUGUAGACACCAUCACAGCUUGAAAACGUCUAUCAAGAAAGAGACCAAAGUUCUAAAGACAUUGUCCAUCAUUAUGGGGGUGUUUGUUUGUUGCUGGUUACCUUUUUUCAUCUUGAACUGCAUGGUCCCUUUUUGUGACAGGUCCUCUGGCCACCCCAAGGUCGGUCUUCCUUGUGUAAGUGAGACCACAUUUGACAUAUUUGUCUGGUUUGGCUGGGCAAACUCUUCCCUGAACCCCAUCAUCUAUGCUUUCAAUGCAGACUUUCGAAAGGUCUUCUCCAGCCUACUUGGAUGCGGUGGAAAUUGGUGUUCCACCACUCCAGUCGAGACGGUCAACAUUAGCAAUGAGCUAAUCUCCUAUAACCAAGACACUAUUUUCCACAAAGAUAUUGUUACAGCUUACGUCAACAUGAUUCCCAAUGUGGUGGAUUGCAUGGACGACAAUGAGGAAACAUUUGAUCGAAUGUCCCAAAUCUCCCAAACCUCUGCCAACAAUGAGCUGGCCACAGGUUCAGUAUGCGACCUGGACUGUGAUACAGAUAUCUCAUUACACAAAAUAACACCUUCCAUGCCCAAUGGUUUACAUUAA